AUGGCGCAAUCAACAGCUAUGCCUGUGAUCCCCUUGGGCAAGAAUAAUGUUCUCUUCCCCGGCUCUAUCAUUCGAGUACCCGUACAUACAGACCGCCCCGACAUACCCGCCUUGCUUUCGAACGUCUAUGCCCGUGCUUCCAAAAACUCGAGCCGGGUCGAUCAGAUCCCCGUUAUCUGCGUACCCCUUAACUCGCCCAUGUUGAAUUCUCGCGGCCAGGCACUUCUAACGGAGAAACCUAUCAACUACGAGGAGCUUAUUACUGCGAAUAAUAGCAGCAUUAAGAAGGACCGAUUAUUUGCCUACGGAGUAUCUGGAAGAAUCAAUGCGAUUCAAGGACAGAAUGGUGCCGAGUUCAACUUGCUUGUGCAAGGAGUCUCGCGCGUAUCUAUUGAAAAGAUCACACAAGAGCGUCCCUUCUUUGAGGCAAAGGUGUUCCCUCACACGGACCAGCUCGAUGCCGAGGAACUCAAGAAGCCUUCUUAUCAAGAGCUCUUUGGUACUCUGAAGCGGCUGUCGCGGGAACUGGUGUCCUACCUUCGUGUAUCGGCUUUUCUGCUAUCCAGUGGUACCGCGGGGCUAAAUCCUCUCCUAACGCGGAGGCUCGAACAGCUCAUUGCUAGGAAAAAUCCUAGCGAGGGAGGUUCGCUAGCUGACUUCAUGAUGAACGUGGUCGAUACAUCCUACGAGGAGAAGCUCCAAGUUCUCGCCGCUCUUGACGUUGCAACCCGUAUGCAAAAGGUUAUUGAGAUACUUGACCGCCACGUGGAGGACCUAAAAGGCCACAUCAAGGUUACUACUAUUAGUAGUGGAGCUAUCCCUAUCCGUAUCGACCCAGACGACAUAGAGAAGAUAAGAAACAGACGGAAUAUCAAGCCACAGCUACCAGGGCUUAAGCCUCCAGCUGGUCUUAAUCUUGGUGGUGGAUCACCGUUUGGCAUGUUUGGCGGGGGAUCGGGCGAUCAGCAGGAUUCGGACGACUUACAGGAUCUCGAGAAGAAGAUCGCGGAUGCCAAGCUUCCACCAGAUGCUGCAAUGGUGGCCGAGCGCGAGUUGAAGCGGUUAAAGCAGAUGAUGCCAGCACAGGCCGAGUACCAAGUUGUCAGGACGUAUCUCGAAACUUUAGCCGAGAUACCGUGGUCUGUCGUUACAGAUGAUCCGAUUGGGGUUGGCACAUUGGAGACUGCAAGGAAGCAGCUUGAUAAUGACCAUUAUGGAAUUGAAAAAGUGAAGAAGCGCCUACUAUCAUACCUCACAAUUGUGAGAUUGAUGCAAUCAGCCAAUAAAGCAGUAGAACAUCAAAUCAAGCAAGCCGAACAGGAAGUAGCCGACUUGGAGUCUACCAAGGACAAUGGAAAGGACGCCGCGAUCAUCGAUCCCGAACUGGAAGAGAAAAUAAAGGCCAGCGGUCUUAAAGUUCAAAUGCUAAGGAAUAAGCGACAAGUCGAAAAGGCGCCUAUCUUGCUCUUGGUCGGCCCUCCUGGUGUCGGCAAAACUAGCAUAGCCAAAUCUAUUGCUACGGCCCUUGGUCGUAAAUUCCACCGUAUCUCGCUCGGUGGCGUCAGGGAUGAGGCGGAAAUUCGAGGACACCGGAGAACAUAUGUCGCCGCGAUGCCAGGUCUGAUCGUACAAGGCUUAAAGAAAGUUGGCGUGUCCAACCCGGUUUUCCUGUUGGACGAGAUAGACAAGCUGGGCAUGUCUAACCAUAACGGCGACCCUGCUGCGGCGAUGCUCGAAGUGCUCGAUCCCGAACAAAACCACGCAUUCCAUGAUCAUUACAUCAAUACUCCAAUUGACCUAAGUAAGGUACUAUUCAUUGCUACUGCGAAUACCCUUGACACCAUCCCUGGUCCGCUACUGGAUCGUAUGGAAACUCUGGAAUUCUCCGGCUAUACCACGCUUGAAAAGCGACAUAUCGCGUUACGACACCUUGUACCCAAACAAAUUAAGGUAAAUGGACUCUCGGAAGAUCAGGUGCGCUUUAGCGAGGAGGUAGUAUCAAAGAUUAUCGAGUCGUAUACCCGUGAGGCAGGAGUUCGUAAUCUUGAGCGAGAAAUUGGUUCCGUCUGCCGCGCGAAGGCUGUCGAAUUUGUGGAGGCCAACGAUCGCGGCCAACCAGAGACAUACCGUGCAGAGGUUACGGUUGAGGACCUCGAAUCCAUUCUAGGCAUAGAGAAGUUCGAAGAUGAGAUAGCAGAGAAAACCACCCAGCCGGGUAUAGUUACGGGACUUGUUGCUUAUAGCUCUGGGGGAAAUGGAGGCAUCUUGUUCAUCGAAGUCCUCGAUAUGCCUGGCGAUGGCAGCGUAGAGCUUACGGGCAAUCUUGGAGACGUUCUAAAAGAAAGUGUCAAAGUUGCGAGAAGUUGGGUUCGCAACCAUGCGUAUGAGUUAGGGUUGACCCAAGAUCCUACGGAAAACAUCAUGAUGAAACGCAGCUUGCACGUUCAUUGCCCAUCCGGAGCCGUACCGAAGGAUGGUCCGUCAAGCGGAAUGGCUCAGGCAAUUGCACUUAUAUCACUCCUUUCUGGACGACCUGUCCCUCCAACAAUGGCUAUGACUGGCGAAUUUCAACUCUCUGGUCACGUAAAGAGAGUCGGGGGAAUAAAGGAGAAGCUAAUCGGAGCAUAUCGCGCUGGGGUUAAGACGGUAUUGUUACCGGCACAAAACGAGAAGGACGCGAGAGAAGUACCAUCAGAAGUAAGAGAUGGACUAAACAUUAUCUACGUCAGUCAUAUUUGGGAAGCCAUCCGUCACAUCUGGCCUGAUGUAAGAUGGCCCGAGGAGAGCAAUUUUCCACCGGUGCAGUCUCGCCUAUAG